AUGGCGUUAUUUCUGUUGUUCGAGUCGUCGUCAGGCUACGGCCUGUUCGAAGUCAAGGCGCUGGACGAGUUGGCGCAGAGCUCAGACGCUGUCCAAGCGUCCGUGGCGGAUCUCACUCGCUUCAGCCAGGUCGUCAAUCUCUCCGCAUUCAAACCCUUCAGCUCGGCGGCAGACGCGCUCGAGCAAUGCAACGCCGUCUCUGAAGGGCUGUUGACCCCGGAGCUGCAGAGCUUUCUGGAGAUGAAUCUGCCCAAGGCGAAGGGCAAGGCGGGCAAGAAGCCGUCGUACCAGCUGGGCGUGUCGGAGUCGAAGCUCGGCUCCGCCAUUCAGGAGACGGCGGGCGUGCCGUGCGUCAGCAACGACCUCGUCAUGGAGCUCAUGCGCGGCGUGCGGCUGCACUUCGCGCGGUUCGUGAAGGAGCUGAAGGAGGGCGACGUGGCGAAGGCGCAGCUGGGGUUGGGGCACAGCUACAGCCGCAGCAAGGUGAAGUUCAACGUGAACCGCGUCGACAACAUGAUCAUCCAGGCCAUCUCGCUGCUCGACACGCUCGACAAAGACGUCAACACCUUCUGCAUGCGCGUCAGGGAGUGGUACUCGUGGCACUUCCCCGAGCUCGCGCGCAUCGUGACGGACAACUACACGUACGCGCGCGUGGCGCGGCGCGUGAAGGAUAAGGCGACGUUGACGGAGGAGGCGGUGGCGGAGCUGACGGAGAUCAUCGGCGACGAGGACAAGGCCAAGGAGGUGCUCGACGCCGCCAAGGCCAGCAUGGGCCAGGACAUCUCGCCGAUCGACCUGAUCAACAUAGAGGCGUUCGCGUCGCGCGUGGUGGCGCUGGUGGAGUACCGGCGCGACCUGCACUCGUACCUGUCCGCCAAGAUGCACGACGUGGCGCCCAACCUCGCCGCGCUGAUCGGCGAGAUGGUGGGCGCGCGCCUCAUCUCGCACGCGGGCAGCCUGACCAACCUCGCCAAGUACCCUGCCAGCACCGUGCAGAUCCUCGGCGCCGAAAAGGCGCUCUUCAGGGCACUGAAGACGAAGGGCAACACGCCCAAGUACGGGCUCAUCUUCCACUCGUCGUUCAUCGGCCGCGCGUCCGCCAAGAACAAGGGGCGCAUCAGCCGCUACCUCGCCAACAAGUGCUCCAUGGCCUCGCGCAUCGACUGCUUCUCAGAGGCAUCGACGAGUGUGUUUGGGGAGAAGUUGAAGCAGCAGGUGGAGGACCGCCUCGAGUUCUACGACAAGGGCGUGGCGCCCAAGCGCAACCUCGACGUCAUGAAGGCCGCCAUCUCCGCCGCCAAGGCCGAGGCGCAGGCCGACGCUGAUGUCGGCUCCAAGCGCCCUGCAGAGGGAGAGGCAGCAGCAGGGGGUGCAGCAGAGGGGACACCAAAGAAGAAGAAGAAAAAGGCAGCAGCGGAGGCGGAUGGGGAGACGCCAGGCAGUAGCAAGAAGAGCAAGAAGAAGGUGAAGGAUGCGGCUGCAGGGGAGGCAGCAGCAGCCAGUGCUGAGAAACCAAAGAAGAAAAAGAAGGCUGCCGCCACAUAG